AUGAGUCUUUGGAUAGAUAAGUAUCGUCCUACAACGCUCGAAAACCUGACAUACAAUCCAGGAUUGUCGCGAAAGAUUAAAAACUUGGUGGACUCGGACUUUCCUCAUUUACUUAUAUACGGUCCUUCGGGUGCGGGCAAAAAAACGCGUAUCUUGUGUAUUUUGAAGGAAUUAUUUGGAGACGGCGCUGAAAAGAUCAAAAUUGAUCAACGAUCUUUUGAAAAUCAAAAGAAAAAAUUGGAAAUAAAUAUCAUAUCGAGCAAAUAUCAUAUUGAAUUAACUCCCAGCGACGUCGGUACUUCUGAUAAAAUAGUUUUUCAGGAAUUAUUAACGGAAAUUGCACAAACUCAACAAAUAGAUGCGGAUGCUAAACAAAGAUUCAAAGUUGUUGUAAUAAAUGAAGCUGAUGAAAUCACGCGUGAUGCUCAAGCUGCACUUCGACGCACAAUGGAGAAAUAUAUGUCAAAUUUAAGAAUUAUUCUUUGUUGUAAUUCUACAAGCAGGAUUAUUGAACCGAUUCGCAGUAGAUGCAUGCUUAUAAGAGUACCAUUGCCUUCAAGUGAUGAGAUUUCUACAUCCCUUCAACAUAUUGCAUCUAAUGAGGGUAUACAUUUAAGUAAGACUUUGGCCGAUAAUAUCAUUAGACAAUCCCAAAGGAAUCCAAGAAAGGCUAUUUUGACUUUCGAGGUUAUGGCAACUCAAAACAAAAAUUUGAAUAAUAAUACUGAAAUUCCCAAAAUUGAUUGGGAACAAGUAAUCGACGAAAUAGUUAAUAAAAUUGUGAAGUCGCAGGCAGUCGAAACCUUAAAUACAAUUAGACAGAAGAUCUAUGAACUUCAGAGUCAUUGUGUUCCACCAUCGCUCGUUUUAAAGAAAAUAGCUCUGAAUCUUUUUACGGAUAAACGUGUUUCUUCUAAUGCCAAACUAACCAUAAUUAAUAGCGCAACAUACUUCCCUUUGUGUCCUCCGCAAUGA